CUCGAAGAUUGGUUUUAGUACGUUCUGACGAGGUUUCCCGCGCUCAAGAGUCAGUGAGAAAAAAUGUUGUCGUGUUUCAAUUUUGUUCGUUUCCUGUUUUGGUUCUUUCCAGUUUCGCUCACGUUCCUAGAACUACUGGGAACUACCACGCAUCAGACCUGUCCGACGGCAUUGAUUCUCGCAUCAGCGACGCCACCGUCGCUGCGCGUCGGGACCACCUUCGGCCGGGAGCAUCCUCUGCCUUACUUACGACGGGCUACAACUUUUUCGUUUGGCGAGGAGCAUCUGGCACGAGUUUCCGCUGCUCUGGAGCGACCAGCACCGCAGUGCGAACCGGCAGGCUGCAGCAUAGCAUCUUUGCUGCCCGUGCGGCAAGUCGUAGCGGAAAAGGAAAUUGAGCUCACGCACAUGCCUCGUGUCGACAUCCGCUUUCAUUUGGUUUCGGGAGAGGAGCUCUACCGCACCGUAGUACUGGCCAAGGCGCUCGUAGGGCCCCUGCGAAAACAGACACAGGACAAGUUCGUUGCCCACAGAGGAUGGUCUGGCCGCCCACUAUUCGUUCAUUUAGCGACGGCCGACGGGAGGACUUUGCGAAGCGCUGAUACAAUCGCGGCCUGUCUAGUAAACAAGGAGAACAAGGAGCAGGCACGUGCGACGAAAAGUGCUACAACCGUCGAAGACGUAGAGGAGGAAGCACAGAGUAUCGGAGACGAGAAGAGCGGCACUGCAGGGGAAGAGGUUAUUGUACCUCAGAUGCAAAUACAGCCCCGAUUUCUUCAAAACCGCGGAGCGGUCGAACAAAGCGGGUCAGGAACAACGGUUCCCCACACGACAACACCAAGGACACUCUCAGACACUUCCUUCGACCGAGAAGUUGUUUCCAAAUCUGCGUUUUUGACCGACCGAAACCACAAGACGCCGAGUGUUGACACCUGCUACAUUACCGUCGUGCCGGUAGAUGCAUUGGAGCAUUUUGGGAGCCUGCAAGAGCAGCAGAACAAUCUUGAGCGGAGGUCGAGGGCAGCGCCACCGGAAAUCGAGCUUCCGGAGGAGGAUGACUACAUGCAGGACUAUUGGAACGGGCGCAUACCACAGUUCUACGACUGUUGGGUACCGUAUGACCUGAGUCCGUUUUUUCCGGGAAUGGAUAUUUCGCCGCCGGCGGGGUACAUGUCGGCGUACUACUGCUCGCCGUGGGUACAUACGUAGUGAAGCAGGGCAGCUAGAUUUUCGCUGUGAUAGAGUGAGUAGCUCGAGAAUAAAGAGUCUAAAUGUCAAUGCGUAAUGUUAAUGUAUACUGUCGCUGCUACUGAACUGUUUGCCAAAGAAACUCGAUGAUUUCGGUUUGCUGCUUCAAAAUUCAAGGUGGAGAUGACCGCAACUCCCUUUCCCGUGCGGACGGUCUUGGUGUCACUAAGUUAGUACCUAGCUAAGAAACACGUUGCCACUCGUGCAAACUUUUUGCACCACGACCACCGCCACGUGCAG